AUGGCUACAAAUUACCCCUGUGCUAACUUGCCGGCGCUCGCCGUCAUUCUCCUCGCCGUUACUUACUCGGCCGCCGUGGACCCAGUCGACCUCGCCGCCCUUCUCCAGAUCAGGAACUCCCUCACCGAGAUCCCCUCCGCCGCCCGCUUCUUCUCCACCUGGAACUUUUCCUCCGCCGCCGCCGACCCCUGCACCUCCUUUGCCGGCGUCACCUGCUCCCCCACUACCGGCCGCGUCUCCACCCUCUCCCUCGGCACUGGCCUGUCCGGCUCCCCCGGCCUCGCCGGUACCCUCUCCCCCGCCGUCGCCCGCCUCUCCGGCCUCACCCAGCUCAUCCUCUUCGCCGGAAUCCUGCCGCGGCGGCUCCCGGUGGCGCUCCGGUACAUCUCCCUCUCUAGAAAUCUCCUCCGCGGCCCAAUUGACUGCCUGGAUUCCCUCCCGGAGCUCGCCUACGUGGACCUCAGCGCAAACGAGUUCAGCGGGCCCAUCCCCGGGUCCCUCUUCCGGGCCGGCGUUUCCUCAAUUUUCCUCCAGAGGAACAACCUCACGGGACGCGUGCCGCAAUCGCCGCCGUGGCCGUGCUCGACGGUGGACCUCAGCCACAAUUUCCUUUGGGGGGAGGUGAGCACCGCCUUGACGGGGGCGGAGGCGGUGUUCCUGAACAACAACAGGCUAAACGGCGUCAUUCCCGGUGAGUACGCGGAGAGCGUGAUGAAGGGGGAAAUGAGGACGCUGUACCUGCAGCACAACUACUUGACGGGGUUUCCGUUGGACGUCGGGUCCACGCUACCGGACGCGGCGGCGGUGUGCGCCGCGUACAACUGUAUGGCGGCGCCGCCGCUGGGGCUGGUGGCGUGUCCGGCGAGCGCCGGGGAGCAGCUGUCGAGGCCGGCGUACCAGUGCUCGGCGUUUCAUUAG